UGAAUGGCUUUUCUUAAAUUGACACUGUGACCUCGCUGAAUGUAUAGAACGAGCUACUGCGCUUGAUAGUGACAAUCAGCGCCAUGGACGUCGAGAGCUCCGACCCAAACCACGAGAUCAACAAGGAUGACGGCGCCGCCACCAUGAGCAAAGGCCUCCGGAGGGCCCUCAUCUUCCUCAACUGCGUCUUCAUGGCGCUGGGCAACACCGGCAGCCCCCUCCUCCUACGCCUCUACUACCGCAGCGGCGGCAAGCGCCAGUGGCUAUCCAGCUGGCUCCAGACCAGUGGCUCACCGCUCAUCCUCCUCCCCUUACUAUGCUUUUACAUCCACCGCCGCCAGCGGCGCUCCUCCUCUGUUCCUCUCUUCUUCAUAACCCCGCGACUCGGCCUCGCCUGCGCAGCCCUCGGCGUCCUCACCGGCCUCGACGACUUCCUCUACGCCUACGGACUCGCCUUCCUCCCGGUCUCCACCUCGUCGCUGCUCAUCUCCACCCAGCUCGCCUUCACGGCCCUGUUCGCGUUCCUGUUAGUGAGGCAGAGGUUCACGGCGUACUCGAUCAACGCGGUGGCGCUGCUGACGGUGGGGGCCGUCAUGCUGGGUCUCCACGUCAGCGGGGACAGGCCGGAGGGGGAGAGCAGGGGGAAGUACUUCAUGGGAUUCGCCCUCACGCUGGGGGCGGCGGCGCUCUACGGCCUCGUACUCCCUCUGGUGGAGCUGAUGUACACCGUGGCGAGGCGGCGGGGCCUGGCCGUCACCUACACGCUGGUUCUGGAGAUGCAGCUGGUGAUGGGGAUGUUCGCCACCGCUUUCUGCACCGUCGGCAUGAUCGUCAACCACGACUUCCAGGCGAUUCCAAGGGAGGCCAGGAAUUUUGAGCUGGGCGAGGUUAAAUACUACGUCGUCCUCGUUUGGAACGCAAUCUUCUGGCAGUUCUUCUUCAUCGGCACCGUCGGCACCAUCUUCUGCGUCAACACUCUGCUCGCCGGAAUCCUCAUCGCCGUUUUCCUCCCCGUCACUGAGGUGCUGGCCGUCAUCUUCUUCCACGAGAAAUUUAGCAGCGAGAAGGCCAUCGCCCUCGUCCUUUCCUUCUGGGGCCUCGCCUCCUACUCCUACGGCGAGUACCGGCAAGUGAAGGACAACAAAAAGAAAGCCAAUGCUGCCAUCACCAUUGAGCAGCCCACUUGAUCAAGCGCUCAUCUGCUUUCCUUUUUCCUAUAAAUUCAUAUGCUGAUCAAAUAUAUCUAUAUAAAUCGUAUUCAAAUUCAGAAUCUACUCUCCAAUUCGUUA